AUGCUGCAGAAGGUGAAAGUAUUUCGACGACGGCGCCGCCGUGUAGAAAUAUCAGGAAUUGCGAAAGCUAAGGAGGUGGCGGUGUCGAAACUGCUUGCGAACGAUACGAAGACUGACGAGGACACUGACGAGGACACUGACGAGGACACUGACGAGGACACUGACGAGGACACUGACGAGGACACUGACGAGGACACUGACGAGGACACUGACGAGGACACUGACGAGGACACUGACGAGGACACUGACGAGGACACUGACGAGGACACUGACGAGGACACUGACGAGGACACUGACGAGGACACUGACGAGGACACUGACGAGGACACUGACGAGGACACUGACGAGGACACUGACGAGGACACUGAUGAGGACACUGAUGAGGACACUGAUGAGGACACUGAUGAGGACACUGAUGAGGACACUGAUGAGGACACUGUGGUGUCGAUGAUAGCCUUCGAUUUAUCGGACUACGACGACGAUACGACACCGUCGUGUACACGUCGCUGCGAGCGCAAAAGCUGA